CUCACUCGAUCAAUAAAAGUCAAAAUGAAAGUAGAAGAUUCUCGGAAUAGAAUGUUGUACAGGUUGACCUAUAUUGAGCCUUGAACGUAAGAUAGGUGAGGACUGAUAGAGCUGAUGUGACCACAGUCCACGACAGGAUAUCAGCGCUAUGGUUUUCAAAUGCCCUAUUUGCAAAAGGGAGGAUUUCCAGAGCGAGGGAGGACUCAGCAGUCACAUAACGUGGAAACAUCCAAGUAGCUCAGACGGUAGAGGGUCGCGACCAUCUACUGGUGGACGUGGCAGGAGGGACGAUAGGGAUAUCAAAGCCAGGGUUUUCAAAUGCCCUAUUUGCAAAAGGGAGGAUUUCCAGAGUGAGGGAGGACUCAGCAGUCAUAUUACAUGGAAACAUUCAGGUAGCUCAGACGGAAGAGGAUCGCGACCAUCUACUGGCCAUGGUGCAUGUGGCAGGAGUGACAAUAGGGAAUACAACACUACGGUUAUCAAAUGUCCUAUUUGCAAAAGGGGCGAUUUCAAGAGUGAGGGAGGACUGAGCUGUCAUAUAACGACUGUGCAUCCAGGUAGCGCAAAUGGCAAGGGAUCUCGACCGUCUUCUUGUACAAAUGGCAAAAGGGACGACGGAACAAGACCAAAAACUUACACGCCACGUCAUAGAGACCACGAGAGACACAACAGUGACAGAGAUGUUGUAAGGGGUGUUGCAAGAGUACAGAGGGAAUCACUCCAAAGGGGUUCUCCAGACGAAUUUCCGUUCAAAGAUGGUGCAGGAGGAGCAACAUGGAAAUCGAGCUCAGCAAAGUAUAAAGAAUCUCCAAAACAAAGCAGAAAAACAGAGGAACCUCGUGAAAGACCCUCAUCAUCAGAUUUAAAUUUAUCGCUGUCGUUCAAUGCUCCAAAUUUUGAGAAAUUUGUGGGAAUGAUAGAGGGCAGCAUUGUACGUCCGAGGGAAGACAGUACACUUAGGACAGACAGCAUAAACAAGUUCAUUGAUGACUUAUUGGUUGUGAUGGAUAGGAUAUCUGAUAUACCGAUAAAGCUCUUGAGAUCCGGGUCUUACUAUGACAGAACGAAGAUCGACUACAACGAUGAAUUCGAUUUUAUGUUUUAUGCUGACAUCAGAAUGGAAGCAGAUUUUACAAACUGUCCCCCAGGAUAUUGUAAAAUUCGGAAAGGAAUGACUGUAAAACCGGAUCUUGAUCCGUUCAUCGACAGGAACGGGUACCUUGUUCCUGAAAAGUACAAAGCCCAUAUGUUCGAUAUAUUCGAAAAAUGUCGGACUGAUUCCAGUUUUAGACAAGGGAGGAGAACCCAAAAACAAGAUCGCAAACCUGAGAGCCCAGCAUACACAUUACUGUUCGAUUUAGGAAUUUCCGGUAAACCCCCAAUCGACAUUGAUUUAGUUCCUGCAAUAAAAAUUGAUGGCUGGCCAAAACCUGCAAGAAAAAUCGGUCCUAGUAAAUGGAUAGAAAAAAGCAUGGCUGAGAGAGCUAUGCAAUGCUUCCACGUCGUUACCAAGAAGUUUCCCGAAGCUCACCAAGACAGUCGCCUGCUAUGGAGGAUUUCCUUCUCGCACGCAGAAAAAGAACUUAUUCUUCACGCUAACAUGUCGGACAAUGGUUGUCGGAAGGAUGUUUUUAAAAUUCUGAAGAAAAUUAAGGAAAACAUGAAGUCUAAAAACCCAACUGAAAUGGACAAGUUCUGUAGCUACCAUCUUAAAAUGUUUAUUCUAAGGUUUUAUGAUAAGCAUAGAGAUUUUAGUAAAGAGAAGAAGUUGGACUUGCUCAAGGAGAGUAUAAAGCAGCUCGCGAAAUGUGUACGUGAGGGAACCAUCGAAAAUUACUUCAUUCCUAAGGACAAUGUUCUACAGUCAGUCCCAGAGGAAGAAAGGUGGUCUGUUGUCAGGGAGCUAGAGGGUCUCUUACAAUAAAUGGAGCUGAAAUGUUACAUGUUUUCGUUGAUAUCCAUACCAACAUAUGUUCAAGUUAACUAAUUCUUUUUACAGGUUUCGUGUUCAGGAGAUGUUUUAUAUAUAUUUUUUUAUAUUUUCAGUAUGUCUGGUGCAUUAUUAUAAAUCAUGACACAAGAUAGCCUGUAACUUUGUACCGAUUAACUUAUUGGUCUGUCUUUGUUGCAUCAUCGUUGUGUGUUAAGGUACUAAGAUUUUGUAAGGAUACUGAAUGAAACGCAUAGCUCUUAUUAGGUAAAAGUGUCUCUGCAUACACAUUUUAAACCAAUGACUUUAUUUCUAGGCCUGUGCAUAAUGGUACAAUCAGUACUUUGUAAAUUUGCAAAUGUUGAUUUUUUUAAAAAUAUUCGUUUGUUGGAUUUUUUGUGAGAAAGAGGAACACGGUGUGUGUUUUUAACCUGGCCUCUUUGUUCAGCUUUUGUGCUAAAAAGGUAAAAUUGGAUGAUGAUUGUUUUAAAUAAAUAUAUCAUAGACGAUAGUAUUUUAAUAUUGAGUUUUACGAUCUUGUCAUCAUUAUGAACUGCUGAUUGCGUAUAACUGUAAUGUAAUGUACAAGGUAUAAUCAAGCAUUUGUGAAGUGAAUGAAAUUCUAAAUUAUGUAUUCUUUACAAAACAAGUCUGCUUUAUAUAUUAUCUGUAAAAUGUGUCCCAUAUAAUUCGAUGUUUGGCUUUAGCGUAUGAGCAAAACUACUUAACACUGCCAUUUAAUAACAAUAUUUUGAAUAAUAUCUUUACUUCACAUUACUGUCUCCAAGUACAUAUAAUAGUAUCUACGUUGUGACGUUUUUAUUUGUGAGGCCAUAUUUUCUUUAUCUUUUAUUUUACUUAUAAUCGAUAAUUGAUCAUAAAGUUUGUUAAAAGAUUUAAAGCAAUAUGAGCUGUAAUUUUUAGAAUUUUAUUUUGCUGCAAAAACCUGCCAGUAUGAUAAGUCUGCAUGUAACUUAAACUCUUAUGAUAAAUAAAAUUUGAAAGAAUUAUUAAUUUCGUCAGAUGAAAGAUUUCUCUUAUGAAGAAUAUAUAGCAGAUCAAUUUUGGUAGAGGACAACAAUAAUUCAAUUUUGCUUCAAUUAAGGCUUCUUUACGGCUUUUAAAAUAAACAUAUGCCUAACAGAACUUUAAAAACCAUGAUAUGUUUGUUAAUUUAAUAGAAAAUAACAUUUUCGUAAAAAAAAAAAUCAGCAUGAAAAUUGCAGCUCAUAUUGCUUUAAACUGUAUAUUGAUGGAUGUAAACUAUUGAUUACAGAGAAUAAAUAAUGUUCAAAUUUCAAAACUUUAUUUUCAAAUACUUUUAUCGUAUGAUCAAAACUAUUGAAUGUGAUUACCAUUUGCACAGUGAUCAGGUUUUAUAGAAAGAUGCAUAAUUUAAAAAAAAUAUAUUGCGGUUGUGCUUUGGUUUUUUUUCUAUCUCUAAACAUUUAGUCCUACUCUUAUUUUUUUUGUUUCAUUUGACAUGGCAUUUUGUAUCCAUUGUAAAAAAAUGUUUUACUAGGAUAUAGUAAUUAGAACCCAAUAACUGUUGUCAAUAAUAAUACACAGUUCAUAAUUUUGACGAUUACAAUUUAGUUAUUUGAAUAAAGUUUACAAGUUAUUUUCUGGAAAGUAGAUUGGUUGUAGCAUGAUUUGUCAAAACACUGUAAGUACCUUUGCAUAUAAAAAGAUUAUUUGAUAA